GCGCAUCCCCGGCUCGGGCGCCGACCUGACGCCCAUCACCGGGCUUGGCCUGGUCGGCAGCGAGGGCGUCGACGACGGCGGCCGCGGCGCGAGCGGCAAGAGCCGCCAGGACCACUCCAAGAGCGAGGGCUCGGCCAAGCGCACCAAGUUCGGCAACUACAUCCUGGGCCAGACGCUCGGCGAGGGCGAGUUCGGCAAGGUCAAGAUGGGCUGGAAGCGCGACAGCAGCGUCGAGGUCGCCAUCAAGCUGAUCCGCCGCGAGACGCUGGGCAGCAACUCCAACCGCCUGGCCAAGAUCUACCGCGAGAUCCACAUCCUGCGCGGGCUCGACCACCCCAACAUCGUGCGCCUGCACGAGAUGGUCGAGACGGAGCGUCACAUCGGCAUCAUCCUGGAGUAUGCAUCCGGCGGCGAGCUGUUCGACUACAUCCUCAACCACCGCUACCUCAAGGACGGCCCCGCCCGAAAGCUGUUCGCCCAGCUCAUCUCCGGUGUCGGCUACCUGCACAAGCGCGGCAUCGUACACCGCGACCUGAAGCUCGAGAACCUGCUGCUGGACCGCAACAAGAACAUCAUCAUCACCGACUUUGGCUUUGCCAACACCUUCGACCCCAAGGACGAGCUGAGUGAGGAGAUUGAGUACCGUCUGGGCGAUAAGGACUUCAUAAGACAGAUGGGCCUCGACCAGCCGGACGCCCGUCGCGGUGAUCUCAUGCAGACCAGCUGCGGCAGUCCCUGCUACGCUGCGCCCGAGCUGGUCGUCAGCGACUCGCUGUACACGGGCUGCAAGGUCGACGUGUGGAGUUGUGGUGUCAUCUUGUACGCCAUGUUGGCCGGCUACCUGCCCUUCGACGACGACCCAGCGAACCCUGAGGGCGACAACAUCAACCUCCUGUACAAGUACAUCGUGUCGACCCCGCUCACCUUCCCCGAAUACGUCACACCCCACGCGCGAGACCUUCUGAAGCGGAUACUCGUGCCCGACCCAAGGAAGCGCGCCGACCUGUUCGAGGUCGCCCGUCACAGCUGGCUGGCCGACUACGCGCACGUCGUCGGCUUUAUCACCACCAGCAAUGCCGCCGAGACUGCCCAGCAAGGCUCCGUCUAUGCUAAGCCGUACGAGCAGCCACCGCCCCUCGCCAGGAGUGCCUCUGUCCGCGAGCCCACCAAGGCCCAGGCGCCACCAUCUGUGCACGGCGGGCUUACAGCCAAACGAGACCAGAUCAACACGACCGAGAAGCCGAAGACAUCCCGCGACAACAAGCGCCGUACUGUGCAGGUCGAAUACGUUGCCCCUCAGUCGCAGACCCAGCGCGGCGAGACGUCACCACCAGGCGAUGCCACGCCCAAGGCCCGUCCCGUCGAGCGCGCGCCUGUCGAACUCACAAACCCGACUACAGAUGGCUACCAGUCUUCUUCCAGCGCGAGACCGUCCCGCUCUGCGGGCCAAGGGUCUGCUUCUUCACAGGCCCGUCCGGCUGGGCAGCCUCAGAGGUCAGUCUCUGACUACACCGCCUUUGGUGCCUUACCGGCCGCAACGACACGGCCAUCGACUGGCGGCACACUUGCUGGCGGCUCAAGGAUGCCAUCGCGAGGAAACUCGUACGCGCAACCCGCAGCGGCUACAGUGGCCCCGACCAACGCCGAAGGUCGUUUCUCGCAGCCCAAGGGCAAGAACUACUCCAUCUCUACGCCAUACCCUCAAACGCAGCCUGGAGUUAUGGGCGAGCCAAGCAUUGGCCAGCCUAGCACUGAGCGAGUUCAGUCAAUUCAGAUUGGACCGACUGGCGGACACCCCAAGGGUAGCCACAAGCGCUCAAACACUGUCACUGAGACGAUUGGUCGCAUGACUUCCAUGUUUGGCGGCCGUCAAAACUCAUACACGCAGGAUCCGAAGGGUUCGUUCACGUCUCAGGACUCUUACGGCAGGCAGGAUGAGGAGAGGAAGCAGAAGAGAUACCCGCCUACCUCGAUGCCCGCGUCCAUGUCGAACGACAACUCGAUCGGCUCAUCGGGGCCACGUCCUAGCACAGACUCGAGGCGUCGUCCAUCCUUCAGCUUCUCGCGGAAGAACACCACCGAAGACCCGUCCAAGCCUCCCCGACGCUUCUCGCUGCUCCCAUCCUCCUUUUCCAGGAACUUCGGUUCCCAGAGGGAGAGCAUGCCUGCUGACGGCUACGGUCAACGACGCGGUUCCAACGCUGGCCGAGCCCGUAAUACCUCUCGAUCUAGCAUGGCUUUCGGUCGCGGUGCAGAAUCUCGUUCUCCUAGUCAGAGCACCAUGGGAAGUAGCGCCGUGCCCGCCUUCUACGAUGGCCAGCAGGACAGCAACUCGCGUACCCGCCACCCCAACACCAGCACCCACUCGCACGGUGCUCCAGGCCCGUCCUCUGCCCCGCCGCAACAGACUCAGUUCGCCUACCCCGAGCAGGCGCCUGUUGGAGAUGACAAGUUCCCCAACCCCGCGCAGCCGCAUCCCAGCCACGCACCUGGCCAUGCACCCAGCCAAGCGCCCAACCGGCCAUACGGACGUCAUCCUAACGAUAGCCAAGCUAGCGAGGAGUUGACGCCCACGCAGUCUCACGGCUCGCCGCAGCCCGCAAUGUACCCACAGGGUAUGGGUGAGCCAGAGCAGCGCGGUGGCAAGCUGCAGAAGCAUAGGAAGUUUGAGGAUGCGUACGAGGGCUCCGGCGCAAACAAGGGCAGCUCGGGCAGCAGCAAGAAGGUCAUGGACUUCUUCCGCCAGAUGGGCAGGAGACGCGCCGGCAAGUGAGCAACCAGCUUGCCCGGCCGCCCCAUUCUUGAACAUAUUGCUCGACCCGACAGAUCUACACCGCUGGCAGCGAGCGCCGCCUCGCGCUGCC